CUAUUUGUGACCAAACAAGACUUUUUGACAUGAAAAACAUAAGCCUGAACGCUGCUGUACCUUUCUUUCAACUUCAUGUGUUUUGGCAAGGAAAUUUCUGUGUCACAAACCGGAAGGCGGUGAAAGCUUCUUUUCCCUUUCCUUUUCUCGUUGUGUAAAAAAUUGGCCCAGAAUUGCUGCUAGUGAAAGGAAAUCGACAGCCUAAGACUUGCUAUGGCAUCGACGCUGUCAAUGUUGGCUACUUUCACCAUUAUCCGCAGCACAUUCAAUGACUUCAUCCCGAAGGAAAUAAGAGAGUACUUGUGGAGUUUCAUUCGCCGUUUCUCAUCGGAGUUCACCUUGGUUAUCGAAGAAUCACACGAUGGGUCAAGCAACCAUCUUUUCAAGGCCGCCGUGGCAUACCUUGGUAGCCAUGUGCUGUCUGCUUCAUCUGCUGCUGAUUCUCCCAAACGGCUCACUGUAGGGAAGAAUGAGAAUGUGAGGAUGUUCGCUUUUGGCCUUGAUAGACACUCCGAGAUUGUGGAUUUCUUCCAUGGUGUUCCCAUGAAAUGGAAGUACAAUUCCGAUGCUAACACGAAUAAUAAUCAACUGACAUCUGAAUCGAGGUGGUAUGAGCUCAGUUUUCAGAAGAAGCACGCUGAGAUGGUGAAGAGCAAGUAUCUCCCUCAUGUGGUUGCCAUGGCGAGAAAGCUGAAGAACCAGAACCGGAUGGUGAAGUUUCAUAGCAUCAGGCGUGAGAGGUGGUGCUCGAGUGCUGUCAAUCUAGAGCAUCCCAUGACAUUCAAUACUCUGGCCAUGGAUGGAGAUCUCAAGAAAGAUAUCAUCGAAGACCUUGACAGCUUUAUCAAUGGCAAGGAGUACUACAAGAAAAUUGGAAAAGUAUGGAAGCGUGGUUACUUGCUUUAUGGUCCUCCAGGAACUGGAAAAUCAAGUUUGAUAGCAGCCAUGGCAAAUCAUCUGAACUUUGAUAUUUACAACCUGAAUUUAUCUGCAGUGAACUCGGAUUCCUCCCUCGAGUAUUUGUUGCUUCAUGUGUCAAAUCGUUCCAUCCUUGUCAUUGAAGAUAUUGACUGCACAGUCAAACUACAGAACCGGCAAGCAGGAGAUGAAACAGGGAGUUACCCACAUGUACAGGUGACGCUUUCGGGACUUUUGAAUGCCAUUGACGGCCUAUUGUCAUGCUGCGGAGAUGAGAGGAUUAUUGUUUUCACCACCAACUACAAGGACAGAAUUGAUCCAGCUUUGUUGCGAGCAGGUCGUAUGGACAAGCACAUAUGCUUGUCCUAUUGCACAGUCUCCACCUUCAAGCAACUCGUAGCCAACUACCUUGGCAUUUCUAAUCAUGAUCUCUUUUGUCAUAUUGAAAAGAUAAUGGAAGGGAUUAAAGUUUCCCCAGCUGAAGUUGCUGGUGAACUGAUGAAGUCCAAAGAUCCCAAAACUUGUCUGAAUGGCCUAAUUCAGUUUCUAGAGAGCAAGGCAUCGGAGGCAACUUCGGAAAGAACAAAGCCGGAGGGAGAAGGCAGUAGCAAUCCCAAGCAGGAGCAAGGAUGUAAAAGCAAGGAUGCCACUAAAACUGAUAUCACAAAUGGUGACUCUCCAAAUCAUAACGCAAUUACAUUUCUAGCAGUUGGUUCCAAUCCAACGACAGCUGGUGAGUAUACAGUAGAGGCAGAACUAGCACCUAUCCUUAGAGCAGUUCUUUUAAAACAUGGAGACAUCGUUGCCAACAGCUCAUUGAAUUCAAUGCAAUGCCGUUCAUCUCUCCUGGAGAUUGCCUGUGGCAUUAUCCAAAAACUACAAGCAGUGAAAUUGGAAGAUGUGACUGAACUUGAGCUUCAGUCCAUGCUUACAAGUGUUUCUGAUUUGGAAUCCUUAAAGGUGCAAAUUAGUUGGCUCCAUAAGAGACUAGAUGAAAUUGUGGAGGCACUGCAACUAGUCAAGCAGUCUUCCACCCUCAAUGAAGACAUGAGGAGAAAUCUUCAAGAAAUUGUGGAAUUGGAGAAAGAGCUGGAAAGUUGCGACAUACAAAAACCAGAGCAAGAAAAGAAAUCCCUCCAAAUUCAGGAAAUGAAGGCUGUGACCGAAAAGCUUUCCGAAACAGUCUCAAGCACUGAGGCAAAACUGAGUUAUUUCCAGCAGAGGUCUUUGGUGGAUGGCCUGCUCUGACUCAUUUUUUCUCCACUUGCGUCAGAAGCAUUGACAAUUAGUCUGGUAAAAAAGGUUUAACAGCAUGCCACUCCUCCUUACUGCUACCCAUAGCUAGAAACUCUCUUGUAAUCAAUAAGUAGCAGUAGUAUUUCUGAAGUGCAUACCUUAUUAUGAAGAAACUUACCGCAUCACUGCUUCCUGAGUCACCUGACUUGGUGCCACCUAGAAGCCCAAGAUUUCAGUUCGGCCCGUUGGCCUUAACAGGCUCUCUUCUCCAUUUUGUUUUUCCUACACAUUGGGCAUCCCUUCUUCUUCUCCUCCUCUUUCAUUCUUUCUUCUUCUUUUUCUGGUGGACCAUUCUUGUCGGGCUGCAACUCAAGGACAACACUCACCUUCUUGGAUUUCCUUCCAAUGGGGCACUACCAGAUUGGAGCCCACUUUCCCUUUCGCUUCUCCUUUCUUUGAAAUAGCAAAAAAAUAAAAAUAUCUUUUAUUAUAGUA